CCUUUUUUUUUUCCAGACCAAACAUAAAAUGGCUCUGCCAAAAAGAAUUGUUAAAGAAACAGAACGUUUACUAGCCGAUCCAGCUCCAGGCAUUUGUGCAACGCCUCAUGAAGAAAACUUACGUUACUUUGAUGUUGUUAUUGCCGGUCCAAGUCAAUCACCUUUUGAAGGUGGUGUGUUUCGUUUAGAGUUAUUCUUACCUGAAGACUAUCCUAUGGGUCCACCUAAAGUUCGCUUCUUGACGAAAAUCUACCACCCCAAUAUUGAUAAACUCGGUCGUAUUUGCUUAGAUAUUCUCAAAGAUAAAUGGUCGCCUGCACUUCAAAUUCGCACUGUUUUACUUUCUAUACAAGCAUUAUUAUCUGCACCCAAUCCUGAUGAUCCAUUAGCUAAUGAUGUUGCUUCUCACUGGAAAGAAGAUGAAAAGGGCGCUAUUGAACAAGCUCGUCAAUGGACUGCCAUGUAUGCUCAUUCUUAAUAAAGUUUUAGUUCAAUUUGACAGACAAU